CUGGUGCGUUAAGCAGCAACACAUAGACCUGGUGGCCGAAGGAUUUUGGGAGGAGCUGCUGGAUUCAUACCAGCCAAACUUCACCGUCAUGGACUGGUACGAAAACAGCAAAUUGGCCGACUCUGUCUAUGAACUCCACGUCCGGCUCCUGGGAGCAGACAGGGCCACGGUGCUGGGUGAAUUUCACCACGUGGCACAUGAGGGCGAGCAGGACAGGCAGGAAAACAAGAACUGGCAUCACGUCUCCCACGUAUUCCAGCGCUACGGAGCAGGACUGCGCUAUGUCCACUUCCUCCACAAGGCCAAAGAGGUCGAGACGCCGGCUGGAUUCCUCCGGACGAGAGUGACGGACAGCAGCGUCUCUGCCCAGCUGCGGGACUGAUGGCGUUUGGGGGAGCGGUGGGGUGGUCAGGCAUUGUGUGGGGCAUCAAAGGGGGGGGUUCAGGGGGUUACCUGAGCCGCCCAGAUCCUGUAGGAAGACCCACCAUUAAUGACGUUUUCUUGCAUCUUGAUUAAAAGCAGAUGUGAAACUACAAACGGCAUCUUUGUCGUAUAUAGAGGAAGACACUCUGCCCAUGUUCAGAGGCACUGUUGUUCUUCCUGACGCCAUUUUAUUCCAGGUCAGGGAUAUGGCUUGCUGGGAAAAGAUUUGGGGGCUAAUCCCUGGUUCCUCGCUUUAUCGGAUCAACCCCUCCCUGUAGACCUGACACCUCCCCAGCUAAACUGGGGGCUUCCUAGCAGGUGAA